AUGGCUGAGAAGGCCGACAUUCUGCUGAUUGACUCUUCCGUACAAGCGGUUGAUGUCGCUCGCCGACAGGCGCUGGCAGAGAGAUUCAACCUCAUCUACUACGACUGCGAUUCGAAAGCACAAUUCAUAGAACGUCUGAAGCCUGGAGGCCCCUAUUCAAAGGUGGCGGCAAUCUGUCGCAAUGGUUGGCUGAAGGCGGGAAGAUUCGCCACCCACUUGCCUUUUGGUCCCGAUGUCGUGCCGCACUUCCCAUCGUCGCUACGUAUCAUCUGUUGCAGCGGGCAUGGCUAUGAUGCCGCAGACAUCACAGGUCUUACAGCUCGUGGCAUUUGGUACUGCAAUACUCCCAACGCCUGCACAGAAGCCGUUGCCAAUACAGCCAUGCUCCUGGUCUUGGACUCUUUUCGUUUCCUGACCUAUGCUCAAUGGUGUGCAAGAUAUGAUUGGAACGCCAGUCGUGAGCUGGGAAAUCAAGCAGUAGACCCCUGUGGGAAGUCGUUAGGCGUCGUGGGCCUAGGUGAUAUCGGUCUUGCGAUUGCACAAAAAUGCGAAGCCGGCUUCGGUAUGAGUAUUCAUUAUCAAGGACCGCGGCGGAAACUGGAUGCUGAGAGAGCCUUGAAACAUGGGGCAUCUUAUCAUUCCACCGUGGAUGACAUGAUCCCUGGGAUCGAUUGUAUUGUCCUCGCUGCGCCAUAUACGGCCGAGACUCACAAUAUGCUCUCGGAAAAACAAUUUUCACUGGCGAAAAGUGAGGGAUUAAGGGUCGUCAAUAUCGCAAGAGGCAGGAUGAUUGACGAACAGGCGCUUUUGUCGGCUCUUGACAGCGGAAGAGUCGUCGGAGUCGGCCUUGAUGUGCACGCAAACGAACCAGGAAUCAAUCCUAAACUCCAGGAAAAUUGGAAGGUCACGGUGCUGCCACAUAUCGGUGUAUGCUCGCGCACAAGUUGGCAAAACUUCGAAAAGACUAACCUAGACAAUCUUGAGGCUUUCUUUCGGGAUGGGAAGCCACUCACGCCGGUCAACCAUAUUGAUGACAAGGAAUAA